UUAUAAGGAGGCAGCUGCUACUUGACAGUAGCCAAGUGUUGUACUUUACCUUCAUAUAAAUAGAAUGUAUGAAGACUACGGCCACCACCACUGUCUCUGUCUGUCAUGAUCAGUUGGAGAUCAAAACGGGUUUCCCGCUACCACCACAACCACAUCAUCUUCACUAGAAGAUACAAUUCCACCACCGCAGUUACAGUCCCACCAUCCACUAUCACCAAACAAAUUACUGAACCUGAAUCACUCCUGCAUCUCGUGCGCACUCUCUGCGUACAACGACAACUUGACAAAGCUCUCACACUAUUUUAUGCCCAGGAACGUUUUCAUAACUCCGAUUUAUUUAUCUACUCUCAAACCUACACAACUCUCCUCCAUGCUUGUGCUCUUAAAAAAUCCUUCUCGGAAGGCCAAGCCCUUCAUCAUCACUUUCUCUCUCUAAACCUUAAACCCAGCCUUUUUAUCACAAAUCAUCUUAUUAAUUUUUACUCAAAAUGUGGUCAGUUGGAUUAUGCUCAAUACGUGUUUGAUGAAAUGCCUGAGAGAAACUUAAUCUCUUGGACUGCAUUAAUUUCUGGUUAUUAUCAACAUAACCAACCUGACAAAUGCUUUAAGCUUUUCUCAUGUAUGCUCUGUCAUCAUCUUCCGAAUGACUUCACGUUUGCAAGUGUUCUUGGCUCUUGUGAUCGUCAUCGAGGUCAGCAGGUGCAUGGACUUGCUUUAAAAACGUCUUUCGAUGAACAUGUUUAUGUAGGCAAUUCUCUAAUUACUAUGUAUUGCAAGAAUGACGCCGAUGACCAUACAGGUGAUGGUUGGUUGGUAUUUAAAAACUUGCCAGUUCGCAAUCUUAUUAGUUGGAAUUCGAUGAUCAGAGGGUUUCAGCUAUGUAAUCAAGGUGACCGAUCUCUUCAAUUAUUUUCAGAAAUGCACCGAACUGGUGUUGGACUUGAUCGUGUGACACUUUUAGGUGUGACAGCCUCUAUCAGUUGUUCUGGUUAUAUUGGCGAAAAUGGUGGUCUUUUGGGUUUGGAGAAAUGUUGCCAAUUGCAUUGUCUCGUGACCAAAAUGGGUUUUUUGUGGGAAGUUGAGGUUGUGACUGCGUUAGUGAAAGCUUACUCGGAGCUUAGAGCGGGAAUAGAUGAUUGCUAUAAGCUCUUCUCUGAGAUAAAUGGUAAUCAAGAUAUUGUAUCUUGGACAGGGAUCAUAACCAUUGUUGCAGAUAGAGAUCCAAAACAAGCUCUCCUGCUGUUCUGCCAAUUACGUCGAGAGUGUUUGGAUCUGGAUAGUUAUACUUACUCAAUUGUUAUCAAAGCCUGUGCAGGUUUUGCGAGUGCGCGGCAUUGUUCCGCCAUUCACUCACUUGUGCUUAAAUGUGGGUUUGAUGGUGAUUUGGUGCUCUCUAAUGCCCUAAUACAUGCCUAUGCUAGGAGUGGGUCAAUCACAUUAUCGGAACAAGUUUUUGAUUCUAUGGAUACUCGUGAUUGGAUAUCAUGGAACUCGAUGUUGAAGGCUUACGCUAUUCACGGGCAAGGUAGGGAAGCGUUGAAACUUUUUGCGAGUAUGAAUAUUAAACCAGAUCCAGCCACCAUUGUUGCAGUUCUCACAGCUUGCAGCCAUGCAGGACUAGUAGAUCAAGGAACUGAAAUUUUUGAGACCAUGUUUGAAAAGUAUGAAAUAUCCCCUCAAAAUGAUCAUUUUGCUUGUAUGGUAGACAUUCUUGGACGAGCAGGGAGAAUUCACGAAGCAGAGGCUUUCAUAAACAGAAUGCCGGUGAAACCCGAUCCUGUGGUCUGGAGUGCCCUCCUAGGUGCUUGUAGGAAACAUGGUGAAAUGAAAAUUGCAGAAACUGCAUCUAUGCAGUUGAUAGAAUUGGAGCCGAAGAACUCGUUAGGGUAUAUAAUAAUGUCAAAUAUAUAUUCUUCAAAUGGUAGUUUUAAAGAUGCGGCUCUUAUCAGGAACGAAAUGAAGGGGUUUAAAGUGAGGAAAGAACCAGGAUUGAGUUGGAUUGAGGUUGGGAAUGAAGUUCAUGAAUUUGCCGCUGGAGGUCAAUUCCACCCGCUAAAAGAUGCCGUAUAUGCGGAAUUAGAGGGACUGAUUAGAAAUUUGAAGAAGAUUGGUUAUGUACCAGAGAUUAGUUUUGCUCUGCAAGAUAUGGAGGAGGAGCAUAAACAGGAGCAAUUGUAUUAUCAUAGUGAGAAGCUGGCACUGGUUUUUGCUCUUAUGAAUGGUGGUAGUUCAUGUUAUCGUGGUCCUAUCAUAAGAAUUAUGAAAAACAUUAGGAUUUGUGUUGAUUGCCAUAACUUCAUGAAGUUAGCAUCAGAUCUUGUUCAGAGGGAGAUUGUUGUGAGAGAUUCCAAUCGUUUUCACCAUUUUAGAAACGGUGUUUGCUCUUGCAAUGACUACUGGUGACGAGCCCGCAGUAAGAACACAUCUCAGCCUCACGUAUUAUCUAGCUUAGCGUAACCCCAAGGAUUUCACAUUAAAGCUGAUUUGGUUACUGGAAUAGUCUCUGAUAUGCUUUUCUUGAAGUUGAAGGUUUCCAAAUGAUUAUCACUUGGCAGCGAGCAAACAAAUCAUAACAGUGAAGUUAGACACUUUGGAAUCCUAUUGGACGUGUAAGGACACACAGCGCAUGAUGUGGUCUCCUCAUUCUGGGAUGUGGCGUUGCCAUGACCGACCGUCAGUAGGAAGUCUGGGCUUCUGGCUCAUCAUCAGGCUCGAACUUGGGGCCUUGAUACUCCCUUGGUCAUUGAAACACUAUAAAUCGAUGGGUUUCUGGAGAACACUGAUUCAUUCUGCUUGAAGCAUGAUUCAGUCGUCCUCCCUGUUGCUAGUUCAGGCAGGCUAGUCCAAUUUUUAGAACUUCGAGCCUCACCAAGACUUGGUAAUUCAAGUAACUUAGUCGGAUAUGGAAUACAACAGCUGGGAAUAGUUACUGGGACUGGAUGCUUAUUAGUUUGUUACACUAACAGACUUAGCAGUACUAUUAGCAACUACGGCGAGAAGAGUCAUGAAGCACCUCAAAAUAGUGGACUAGCAGUUCCGAGUAAAUGGCCAGUAUCCUAAACUUCGACUCUAUCAGGAUGGAUGAAUAAAGAUACUUAAGAAAUGAUCCCCCAACAACAUAUGUUGAAGACUGAACUGGACUUGCAAGUAACAGAGCAUCAAAUUUUGCAUAAAUAAAUCAUCAAGAUCCAAAUUUAUAUUCAGGUUUCAAAAGAAUGGAAAUGACAUUUUUAUUACAUUGGUAAGUAGUUAAAAAUGUGCACAAAACCGGAUUCUCAUAAUGCAUUUCAUAUU